AUGCCCCUGAUGAUGAGCUGCUGGAGCGCCAGAGCGCGCACGCUCUCCCUUUACACUCCCGCCCUCCCCCCGUUCUCUCCCUCUUCUCAACAGAUCGUCCCUAGGCAUUCACGCACUGCGCGCGCUUCUCUCCUCGACACACGCCCGCGCCUGCCACUCGUCCUAGCUAUGCCUGCUGCACCCGCCCUCCCCACCUCGUUGGACUAUCCACGCAUCAAGCUGCUUGUCAUCGGCGAUGUCGGCGUAGGCAAGAGCUGCCUCAUCAAGCGUUACUGCGAGGGGCGGUUUGUGGCCAAGUAUAUCCCCACCAUCGGCAUCGACUUUGGUGUGAAAAAGGUAGAAGUGAGCAAGGCAGCCGUGCUACAGCAACGCAGCAGUGAGCCCUCACCGCCCGCGGCAACGGCUCAGAGCGGCGGCGGCGCCUCCUCGGCCAUCCCCCCAGCGGUGCGAGUCAACUUCUGGGACGGCUCCGGUGACGGCGACUAUCGCGAAAUCCUCAACGAGUUCUACGAAGCCGCCCAGGGCGUGCUGCUCAUGUACGAUGCCCGGAACGCGCAGAGCUUCGCCGCCCUGCAAAGCUGGUGGGAGGAGCUCACCGUGUACUGCCAAGGAAUGCCCGCAGCAAGCGGCGGCGGCGGCGGCGGCAGCGGCAGUGGUGGUGGUGGUGGCAGCAACCCUGCUCUGGCUGGUAACGCGGCCGCGGCUGGCGCCGGUGGAAAGCGAGCGUCCGCCUCCAACAUCGUAACGAGCGGCACCGCCGCCGGAAAAGCAGUCGGGCGCACCGACGGCAGGGCACCGAUUGUGGUUCUUUGCGCGAACAAAGUCGAUGACACGGCGGUUCCCGGGGCAGCUGCGCCGCGGCCGCGGGCUGUCAGCGAGGAGCAAGGACGUGCCUGGGCACGCGAGCACGGCUGUGCGGCCUACUACGAGACGAGCGCCAGCACAGGGCAAAACGUGAAGGAGGUCAUCGAGGACUUGGUGGUGUGGAUGGUGGCCAAGUUUAUGUGA